AUGUCGACUGACAUGAGUGCCUUUUACACUCCCACGACGCCGACCCCAACCCAUGUGUCCUCGCAGUGCUCACACUCGCCGCCGAUCGUGGACGAGCUCAUCAGCAAGUACUCGUCUUCAAUGGCCGCAGCGAACAACACACCCACCCUGUCUUACAGCAAACAACACCGAAAUCUCACCCUGCGCCUCGUCGACUGGAUCUGCCUGGAAUACUACCGCUACGAAGUCACCUUUGGCGUCUACGUGAUGAGCCCCGGCGAGAAAUUCGUCGCCAACACUUUGGUCCUCUUUUCCCUGUCGCUGCUCCUCUGGACUUCGUUGUUACACCUGCCGCCUUUGCUGCUCAGCAAGGUUGGCCGUCUCCUCUGGCUCCUGACGGGUCAUAGUGAGCAUGCAACUGGGCUUUUUGCAGACUACAUAUCUGCAGUUGCUACGAGCAGAAGGGCAUCGUAA